AUGUCCGUACCACUUGUGAAGCCCAAAGUCAUCUACUCGGCACAUAUCGAGUACAACUCUCCCGUUCGGAUCCACAUCAUCAAGAUGAAGUUCUCUAUCGUUGCAUCCGCCCUCAUCUUUGGUCUUGCUAUAGCGGCGCCAGCGGCUGAUGCUCUACACUGGCCCAGCAUAUGUCUCUCUCAGCCAGAAGCAAAUGCGUACAUCCAAAAGUUCAUUGGUGUAUUCGGCCGAAUCGAUCCAAAUGCCAGGCAGACCGGCGAGAAGAUCCUCGCGGAUGACUUCAUGGAAUAUUCCAACUCCAUUCGCAGCUUGCAAGACUUGCCAGUGGGUAACCUUUGA